GUCAUCCAGCCAGACUGGGAGAGAGAGAGACACACACACACAGCCAGAGAGAGAGCCAGAGUUUACCCCUUUGCCUUAUCACCCCACAAACUCCAUUCCCCACCCCUCUACCUCCUUCCUGUUGUUCCCCACCCCCUCCUCAAUCCCCUGAUGGCUUUUUUGAUGAAGAGAAAGAAGUUUAAGUUCCUGGUGACCCUGACCCUGGAGGAACUCUCAGCCGUACCUUAUGUGAAUGGGAUCCUGUUCUGUAAAAUCCGUCUUCUCCAGGGAGGCUCGUUCAGUGACCUCUCCACCAGGGAAGAGGUGCAGCAGAACUGUGUCCGCUGGGACAAGAGAUCAAGCUUCAUGUGCAAGAUGAGUGCGAGUCCGGCUACGGGAGUGCUGGACCCCUGUAUCUGUCGGGUGUCUGUCCGCAAGGAACUGAAAGGUGGGAAGGCCUUCACUAAGCUGGGCUUUGUGGAUCUGAAUUUGGCAGAAUUUGCUGGCUCGGGAGUGACAGCUCGCUGCUACAUCCUGGAGGGAUAUGACACGAAGAACACGCGGCAGGAUAACUCCAUCCUGAAGAUCUCCAUCAGUCUGAAGUUGUUGCUGGGCGACCCAUGCUUUAAGACGCCAGCACCGCACACCACCUUCAGCACCAUCGUGGCCGGUGAGGAUGCCCUGGAGCCGGACUGUAAGGGAGACGCUGGGAACGAUGGGGAAAGGGACAAACCUCGCCGACCCAGCUCCCUGCGGCUGUCCAAGUGUCGCUCAUGGAUCACGGCCUCAGGUAUCAGCGAGGACCGAGACAGCAUGGUCAGCACCCCGGACAGCUCAUCCAGCUCCUGCUACCCCCUCAGCUCACCAUCCAGUGACAGCAGUCAGCACUCCAAAGUGUCCGGUUACAGCUCGGAGCACUCCCGGAGUGUCAGCCUCUCGGAGCCUACCAGGAGGCGCAAGCUGUCAUCGGUCAGCAGCGGCUUCUCCUCGGGACCCAGCAGCGCCGCCGAUAUCCAGGGGGAGGCUGGGCGCCUGGCGUUCGAGAAGCCCCCCCUCCCCCUCCUGCCGUGUGACCGGCACACCCCCAGGCGGAGGAAUCGAGUACCUGAGAACUACCCGUCAUGGGUUAGUGACACCAGGGUUAACGCUGAUGACAUUGUGGAGUGUAUUAUCCAGACUCAGGACUUCACCAACUGCAGUGAUUCCGAAGAGAGCGGAUUACAGCUGGUUGUAGACCGUGAUGGAUCCACGUUCAUCAGGGGAGUGUCAGCUCACUAACAGGCAGUCUGUGAGUGACUACGUGUCAGUGGUGAUUGGGAAUCACGGAGGCGACAGCCCAUUGUGGGAUCGGUCUGUGCACUGUGCUCCGCCAGAAUCUCCAUUCAGCUGCUGCCUCCCCCUAGAACAACGGAUGUGGCAACAGACUGGGGGUUGGCUAGGACUCCUGGAAGACCAUGCUGUGGGAGGGUGAGGGGUGGACAAGGCUGAAUUUGUGCAGGGAAGUGAGGAGGGGAGAGGGUUAAAGAGGAGGGACAACCCCCUUCUGAAUUGAGGGAACGGUUUGUUCCUGACCAUUAACCCUUCCAGAGACCAGGCCGAGCCCAGGACCCUCGCUGAGAGGUGACCGCUCCUGUUCACAUUGUGGGGUGGGCCAAUCAUCCGGAGAUGUUUAUUUUGUCACCUCCUCCCACCCUCGCUCCUCAUCCCAGCAACCCCACCCCACUCUGUGCACUCUCUCCACUGCCCCCUCCUAUCCACCUGCCCAAUCCCAACUUUCCUAACUGAAAACCCCCUCAACCACCUCGUCACCACCCUCUCAUUACCCCCUCACCAGCCCCCAUGGAACAUGCAGCAAACUUCCAGGCUGGUAGGAUUGGAUACAACGUCGUACAUGGGUGCCCCUUGCUCCUCCUGUCACGCUGACACAACUGAGCGGGGCAGGUGUUGGUGGGCUCAAUUGGAGGGGUGCCAGGUUUGACAAUGGCAGGGCCUGUGACUUGGGGAAAUUGGAGGUGUGUGUAUAAUUGUGUGCGUGUACAUGAGAUUAGAUUAGAUUACUUACAGUGUGUUGCCCUUCAGCUCAACAAGUCCACACCGACCCGCCGAAGCGCAACCCACCCAUACCCCUUAUCUAACACUAUGGUCAAUUUAGCAUGGCCAAUUCACCUGACCUGCACAUCUAUGGACUGUGGGAGGAAACUGGAACACCCAGAGGAAACCCACACAGACACGGGGAGAACGUGCAAACUCCACACAGUCCACACAUGAGCAUGUGUAUAAUUGUGUGUGUGUACGUAUGUGUGCGCGUGUGUGAAUAAUUGUGUGUACGAGUGUGCUUAUGUGUAUCUAAUUUUGUGUGUGCAUAAUUGUGUGUGCAAGUGGAUAAUUGUGUCAGCGUACAUGAGUGUGCAUGUGUGUGCGAGUGUGUGCAUAAUUGUGUAUGUACAUGUGUGACUGCACAUACAAUUGUGUGCACACACGUGCGAGUGUGUGUAUGAACGUACAUAUGAUUGUGUGUGCACAAUAGUGUGUGUGUUUGUGCAUAUAACAUUGCCCUCUGGUUCAGAGUGUAUGCGUGUGUGAACGUGUGUAAGUAUGCAUACUUGUGUGUUAGUACAGGUGCAUGCACGUAUGUGUGUAAGAGUGCAUAACUUUGUACGUGAGUGUGUAUAUAAUUGUGUGUGCUUGUGCGAGAGUGUGCAUGUGUAAGUGUGAGUUUUCUCUCCCAAGUGAGUCUUGCUGGGCUCCCUGAGUUUAAUGGCCACAAGGGAAGGUGAGGGGGCUGGCUUCCUGUUUGUGGGGUUAUCUCUGAGGGGCUAGUUUUUGGAUCAACAGUCAGAAACCCAUCCUAUGACAGAGGCCAUUCAUUUCAUCUUGUCCGUGCUAGCUCUUUGGCAGAGUUUAGCUUGCAAUCUCACUGGCCUCUCCAGAUCUCGUCCCUGCAAGCCGCCUCCUCCCCUUUAGAUAUUUAUCCAGUUCUCCCAGUAGCCUCCACCCCCCCACCCCGAGAAGGGGGUGUUGAAUUUAUACUGAGUGCCCCAAUCCCUCACAACCCUUUCUCAAAUUUAAACCGCACAUUGUUAGCAGGUUGAAACUUUUCCUGUUAAGUAUAUCAGGCAGAAAGGAAGAAAUCAAAGCUAACAGCUGUGGAGGUGGUGUGCCUGGUUUGGAUUUAAUCUGAUUAUCGCCAGGCGAGGGAGGGGAGGUGGGGUUUGGAUCAGGAGCCCUUUAUUAUAACACCCACUCCCUCCCCCGCCCACCUCAUUUGACUACCACAAAAAUAUUUAAUGACGUUUUAGCAAACAGCAAUGUCACACACCGUGAAGAACUUGGAGCUAAAGAGUCUAAGAUUGAUCAUCCCGAUAUUACAGCCAGCAAGACAGUUAACACUAAAAAGAUAAAUAAAAAAAAAGGGGUGGGGGAACCCAUUCAGCCCUGCUCUGCCGUUCAGUACAAUCAUAGCUGACCAUCCAACUCAGUCCCCCGUUCCUCCUUUCUUCCUCAACCCUUUGAUCCCUUUAGCCCCAAAGUCCUGUAUCCAACUCCUUCCAGAAGUCACACAAAUGUUUUAGCCUGCACUGUUGUCUGUGGGAAGAAUUCCACUGGCUCACCCUCUCUGCACCCCUCACUCCCAAAAGGGUUCAUUUCUGACACGCCUCCUUUAACCAAACAAUUAUUUCAACCAACCAGGACCCUCUCCCCAAACGUUAAGAGGCCUCGUCUCUUGACAAAAGUUGUUUCUUUUCCCUGCUUGCAUUUCAGUCCUCAUGGACACAGGACAGAAAACUUUCACUGCAUACCUUUGUUUUUGGCUGACGUUCUGUACUGUCCCAGCAAGAAAUUCAUUCAGACCCAUGCUGCUGGAGUUGGACUGAAAUGGAUCAGGGAAUGAACUUGCUUUUAAUCUCCUCCCCACCCUCCCAGGGGUAACGUCCUGGUUUCUGGCCUCAGUAGCUGGAUGUUUUGGGGUGGAGGAACACAUACACUGGCCAUCUGCCAGAGACAGAGGAUGUUUUGGGGUGGAGGAACACAUACACUGGCCAUCUGCCAGAGACAGAGGAUGUUUUGGGGUGGAGGAACACAUACACUGGCCAUCUGCCAGAGACAGAGGAUGUUUCUGAAUUGCAAGAUUGCGAUAUCUCGAUAGUGGAACCGAUGUAUAACGGCCGAAAAGGUGGAUGACUCAAUGGAAAUGGACACUCUCUGGGGUUAUACUGAGAUGUAUGGAUGUUCGCUGAGCUGGAAGGUUCGUUUUCAGAUGUUUUGUCACCAUAAUAGGUAAUAUCAUUGAGCCUUCGGAUGAAGCACUGAUGGGAUGGCCCACUUUGUGUGUUUAGAUUUCCUUGGGUUGGGAUGUCAUUUCCUGUGGAGAUGUCAUUUCCUGUUUUUUCAGGGGCUAGUAAAUGGGGUCUAACUCAAUGAGUUUGUUGAUAGAGUUCCAGUUGCAAUGCUAUGCUUCUAGGUAUUCUCGUGCGUGUCUGUUUGGCUUGUCCUAGGAUGGAUGUGUCAUCCCAGUCGAAGUGUGUCCUUCCUUGUCUGUAUGUGAGGAUACUGGUGAGAGAGGGUCAUAUCUUUUUGUGGUUAGUUGAUGUUCAUGUAUCCUGGUGGCUAGUUUUCUGCCUGUUUGUCCAAUGUAGUGUUUGGUACAGCUCUUGCAUGGUAUUUUGUAAAUAUUCAAAAAGAUCGGGUACCCAAUGAACACAGUCUGCCGAUUUCUCAGCAACAAACCCAAACAAGCAGACAGAACACGUCCAGAAACCCUAGCCACCCUCCCCUACAUCAAAGACAUCUCAGAAAUGACUGCCAGACUACUCAGACCCCUUGGCAUCACGGUAGCCCACAAACCCACCAAUGCACUAAAACAGCAACUAAUGAACUUGAAAGACCCUACACAGGCAACAAGCAAAACUAAUACCUUGCAAGAACUGUAACA